AUGAAUGCAUUAAUUAACCCCUCUCCUCUUGUAGUUACAGUGAUACAGGGAGACUUUGUGGAUGUGCCAUCAGAGGAUCCCAUCCGCUCCUUGGCAGAGGUCGAGACCACCCUGCCCUGUCUCUACCAGCCGGCUGUGACAAACACUGUGGUGCAGGUCACCUGGUAUAAGGAGAAACCCGAUGCCACCAAGGAGCAGAUCAUCACUGCACACUUCACUGAUGGACAGACAGCGUUUGGGAUGUGGUCUCGACGUGUGCGCUUCAAAAGCACCAAACCCACCGUGGACUCGUCUCUGGUCAUCUUGAGCACAGAGGUCUCCGACGAGGGGACAUACCUGUGCCAAGUCAUCACCUACCCCUACGGCAACUUUGACAGAGAGAUGUCCCUCAUCGUGUGGACCGUUCCUAUCUCCACCCUGGACCCUGUGAUUCUGGUGGAGGGACAGUCCUUCCGGCAGGCUGCUACCUGUCGCUCUAUAGCCCACCCGCCUCCCCAGCUCUCCUGGGACACCGAACUGAAUGGCCAGUCCACCAAUCGCUCCUCCGACAACGGUGCGGUCUCCUCGCAGUUCUCCCUGCACCCCCUGAGGGGCAUGAACGGCAAGAAGCUGGACUGCCUGGUGUGGCAUCCCACUUUGGAGGGCCCCCGCCGCUUCAGCAACGAGCUGGUGGUGCACUUCCCUCCACAGGCAGAGGUGUCUGGCUAUAACGGAGACUGGUUUGUGGGUAUGGAGAAUGCUGCCCUGAGGUGCGUGAGUGGAGGAAACCCCAAACCGAGUUUCACCUGGACCAGAAUUAGGGGACAGUUGCCGGAAGGUGUGAUCCCCCACCCUAAUGGAACCCUAGUUUUUGGACGACCCCUGGACUUGUCAGAUAAAGGCACCUACCUGUGUGUGGCGAAGAAUGACGUGGGACAAGGGAAAGCGGAGGUGGAGGUGGAGAUUACUGUGGCAGAACCUGUCCCAGACGAAACGGAAAUGAUGAUCAUCGUGGGGGGCGUGGCUGGGGGGCUGCUGAUCUUGAUGCUCCUCGUCAUCAUUGCUGUCACUUGUCAUCACAAACGCAGGAACAAGAAGCUGGAGAGGGAGCUGACUGUGAAGAAGGAGGAAAUAAGCACUCUCACCAGGCAAGCUUCUUUCAGGAGAAUGAACUCCGUCAGCACAGACGCCAGAGGAGCGACAGAGGAGAACAUCCCUCUGAGGGUGGAGGGAACCAUAAGGACCAGCAUGUCUUCCCUUGGGGAGGCUCACUGCCGUGACAGCCGAUCUACUGUCUCAGGUGGACGGGGAGGAGGGAUAGCGUUUGACCAGCUGGGCAGGCCAGUCCUGUACAACAACUCGCGGAGGGGAAGGGACAGGCUUCUGGAUAGGGAGGAGGAGAACCGAUGUAGAGUGGAGACAUACGUGAGAAACAGCGCUAUGUCUUUGCAGGAAACUCGUUUCCACCCUCCUCUGACGCCAUCGACCUUCCCGAAGGUACAGUCCAUUGAUGUCAUAAGACAGCAAAACGGCAGCGCCAUUAUCCCAUCAGAUGGGGGUUCAAGGUCAGGAAGUGUUAUCAAGAAUCACCAGCACCCUCCUUUGAGCUCCGAAUACCCAGCGGUAACAGAUGAUGAGGAUGAAGUGGAUGAAGGUUUGGGGGGUCCCGCCAGUCAGGAGCAUCCCGACGACCAAGACAGCGAGACCAACAGCUCCCAGGUGUCCGAGGCUCACAGCACCCGCUAUCUGCACACUAACGGCACACUCAGACCCAAACCCCGGCCAAGCCCCACUGUGGUCAGCCCCCACGCGUCCCUGAUCCACAAGGCCCAGAUAGUUUAGCAGGCAGCUGGGAAAAUAACAUGUGAAACUACAAGAAUGGACAGCUCUGGUUUUGGAGGUGGUUCAAACGUGGCUACGCGGACAAAGUUGGCCCAGGAAACCAUGCAGUUUAUGGUCAAUUAUGAAAAAUCUGCCCCAUGACUACAAUGCUGCUUUUUCCUUAUUGUGUGUGGGACAUGAUGCAAUAGAAUAAAGUCUUAAAAGGAACAAUCUACUCUAAAGCAUCUACUGGACAUUUCUGGAUCUCUGAUUUCUGCCUGAUGUUUGGUGAUCAACAUUGUGUUGUGUAUUUCCAAGGAGUACUGGCACAAACUGAGACAAUGUCGCAAUAUUUCCAGUGCAGCUAUUCUACGGUUAAUAGCAGACGAUACUCUUUGCUCGUCUUUCGCAAUGCAGUAUUUGUUGCUCUGUAGCAGAGGAAUGCAGUUGACAGACCUUUUGUGUGGGAUGUCGAAAGCAAGAACAUCAGUAGGAAAUCAGGAAAAAAGCAGCAGGAGAAGUAGAGGAGGCUUUGGGAAAAGUUGGUACAUCAGAACCGUAGGCCUACAUUGCAACACCUCGGUAUGGAGGGUGGAUUUAGGCUGUUGUGGUGUUCAGUGUAGCAGUGACUGUGUCUGUGCUAAGUUCCCCUUACAAAACACAGUUUGGGAUCUGAUCCAAACCAUGGGGUUGUUCCUCUCUUGCCACACCUGCAACAUGCAUACCUCCAUGCUGUCAUACUGUCCUUGUGCCCUUGUAAGCACUGAGACAUUUUGGAACAGAUAAAGCCUUCAUACAGUCAAAAAUGUUGAUACAUCGAACAGCGAUCUGUAAAUCUGUGCAAAUAUGCAAAAUGUUUUUUUGAAUGAAUUAUCUCUUUAGUUCUCAAUCAUCAGUACAAUACAUAGUAAAUCAGCUGACACAUAUAGCAGAUAAAUAAACAAUUAACAUACCCUGCUCCUGCUCCUAAGUUUGCGAGAAAAGUUUUAACACUACAUAUUAAACACGCACACACACUAAAUAAAUAGAA